AUGAGCCAAAUUAACUGAUAAUUAACAGGAAUUUGGACCGACCCUUUUCAGUUUUUGGUAAUAUAUACCUUCUAGAUCUCUUAUAUAAUCUUACUUAAUUCUAGGGAAACAUAUAAAAUAAUGCAAAGACUUUAUAACAACAUAAAGUUUAUGCAAAAAAAACUAAGAAUUUCCUAAGAUUUUUGUAAAAUGGGGGGUACUACAUCAUCUCCAGUACUUCCUGAAGGUCUAGGAAGUGUUGCUUAUGAUCAAAAUAGUAUGAAACGUAAUCAACAGAUCAAAUAUGGAUCAGUUCAUACGCAGCAAGGCGGUAAGGGAGUUAAUCAAGACAGUGCUGUUCUUUGUCAGGGUUAUGGAUCAAGAGAUGGUGUAUUUUGUGGAGUAUUUGAUGGUCAUGGGAAAACUGGUCAUCAUGCGAGCAAGGCUAUCAAAUACCGGUUGCCAUUGCUACUACUUGAUCAAAAGAAUGCAGUGUUGUCGUCAGAGGCUAAUGCGAAUAAUUUAGAAACUCAAUCAUCAACUAACAGCAGUGAUUCAUCACCAAACAUUGAACUCCUUAAAUGGAAGGAGGCGUGUAUCAAUGCCUUUGAUGCAAUGGAUGAAGUGCUUAAGUCAGUGAAAAAAUUCGAUUAUUCUUUCAGUGGAAGUACUGCUGUAGUAGCCCUGAAACAGGGCGAUGAUCUUCUUGUUGCUAACCUUGGGGAUUCGAGGGCUAUCCUAGGGACUAGAGGCGAAAAUGGAGUAACAGCUGUUCAAUUAACCACUGAUUUAAAGCCUGGCAAUACUGAGGAAGCCAAUAGAAUAAGAAGGUUUAAAGGUAGGGUGUUUGCAUUGAGGGAUGAACCAAGUCUACAGCGAGCGUGGAUGCCUCAUGCUCAAAGUCCGGGGAUGGCUAUGUCUCGCUCAUUUGGAGACUUAGUUAUGAAGCAUUAUGGCAUAAUCUGUACUCCUGUAUUCACUCAUCACCACAUAACUUCAGAUGACCUUUUUAUUGUACUUGCUACUGAUGGAGUAUGGGAUGUCCUUGGCAUUGAUGAAGUGACAUCAGCUGUAUGCAGCGUAGAUGAUGAAAAGAUGGCAGCAAAAGCAGUUGUAGAUGCGGCUGUUGCUGCAUGGAAGAAGAAGAUUCCACACGACAAGCGAGACGAUUGCACUGCUGUUUGCUACUUUCUACAGAAAAAGAAUAGAUCUGGUACAAGCUCACCUACCUCUUGAAAGAUGAGGUUCAAUUCAUUUAAACUAUCAUCAUAACAAAGGUUAAUAGCCGCCUAACCGGCCACUUCACUUAAGGUGAAUAAACCUUAAUACUUUAGGCUACUGACAUUAAAUGUGUGGAGAUCAGUAACCCUACUGACUAGCAGAUAAGGUGAUUUGGGCUCGAAAUGGAGGGAUCGGACUCAAAGGAUUGGUUUUUCGCUUGACUGUCAUGGCUGAACAAGCAAGCUUUGAAGAUUGUGGCUUGGAAUGGAAGGAUAUUGCUUGGAAUGAGAGACAUUUAGUCUAUUUUUUAUAGAGGGAUUUGAGGCUUUGAAUUAUCUGCUUCUUGAAGCCUCUAAUCUCCUCUAUCAAAAUGGACUGUUAAUGUGCAUUGUGAGGUCUUGUGAACAAGUAUAAAUGUACAUGUCGGAUGACACCAAUGCUUAAUUGCUGCCCUUUUUUUUUUGCAUUUCAUCUUGGGAGACCUUACAAAUGUGAUUAAGUUUAGUGUCAUUUUCGA